AUGGACUCUUUCAACAACGUCAAGCAGUGGCUCCAGGAGAUUGACCGCUACGCCACCGAGGGUGUGAACAAGCUGCUGGUGGGCAACAAGUCCGAUAUGGCGGACAAGAAGGUCGUUGAGUACACGGUUGCGAAGGAAUUUGCCGACAGCCUUGGCAUCCCCUUCCUGGAGACUUCGGCCAAGAACGCGUCCAACGUCGAGCAGGCUUUCUUGACAAUGGCCAGGCAGAUCAAGGAGCGCAUGGGCACGACGCAGGUCAACAACAAGCCCACGGUCCCGAUCGGACAGGGCCAGGGUGUCCAGUCGGGCUCGGGCGGUGGAUGCUGCUAG